GAAAUCCUGACGUUUCCACUGGAUGACUGCUUCCUCCUAACUAUUCCGGUUCCAUGAGGGUUUUGAAGCAGCUGAUUUCCGGCUCGGCUUUCGGUCGAUUAACUUGUUAUUUAGAAAAUAGUCCUCAUCUGUAGAGUAAAACAAAACUGACUCGAUAUUGGGGUGGAAGUUUAUCGUUAUUCUCUUCAAGUAAUGACCAGACUGAAACGAUUCGGACACCAGAUGGAGAAGAAAACCCUCCGAUAAGGAAGAGCUCAACUUAACGUAUGGUUUCACCAGCUGACAGGAGGGAGAAGUGUGUGAGAUACCUCUACAAUGUGGACAGAUAAGCAGAGAGGAAUCAGAGUUUCUCAGCAGGAGCUGCUCUGCAAGAAUGCCUGUGGAUAUUAUGGAAACCCUGCAUGGCAAGGCUUCUGCUCCAAGUGCUGGAGAGAGAGAGCACGUCCGGCAACGGCUCAGAGACAAGAGACAAGGCCAAGCAAUGAUGGAACUCCUCUCACCUUCUCCAAAUUUGAGGAGAAGAAAAGUACAGAGAAAGGUCGUCGAAUUAACACCAUGAGGAGACUCUUCUGGGGCAGCCCAUCGCCUCCAAAACGUCAAGAGACUUCUGAGGGCUUUACAAAUGUGUUAAAAGCCUUCCAGAGACUUGAACCCGGGGACUUCACCGGUUUCCUAAAGAUACUUCGGAGCCCUUCCUCUCAGCGCUUGCAGUCCAGAUGCACAGCUUUCCUCAACACAAUGGAAGCUUACCAUCAUCUGCAGGUACAGAAGCAGUCAGAUCUUGUGCAAGAUUUCUUCCAGUCUUUUGCAGAAUAUUUUAGCACUCUUCCCGAGACUCAAGUCACUCAGAUAAUGGAGCACGUAGAGAAGUUAAUAAUGACGAGACUGCACAAAUGGGUUUUCUGCCACGACAGCUGUGAUGAUGAGCAGAAGGAUUUAAUUCUCCAAAGAAGAAUCCGCUCCUUAAACUGGAUAACUCCACAGAUGCUGAGUGUGCCUUUUCCUGAUAAACAGACCUCAGUCACAGGCGACCCGUUCCUGCCUGCCAUAACAGCCAUCAUCGAAAUGGAUGCCAAAAGAGCACCUCAGGACAAACUUGCAUGUGUGUCCAAAUGCAGUCAACACGUCUUUGAAGCACUCUCCACCUCCAGCAGUGAGCCUGCUAAUGCCGAUGACUUCCUGUCAGCCCUGGUUUAUGUGGUGCUAAAGGCAAAUCCACCUCGCCUUCACUCCAACAUGCAGUACGUGAUACGUUUUGGUCUCCCUCACAGUCUGAUGGCAGGAGAGAGCGGCUACUAUUUCACAAACCUGUCUUGUGCAGUGGCCUUCAUUGAAAAACUGGAUGGACCAGCACUCAACCUCAGUCCAGAAGAGUUUGACGGCUACAUGCUCCAUCAGCGGGCUCCAUCAUCAUCACAGGCUAGAAACAAGAGGCUGCAGAUUGCAGGUGACACACAACACCUGUUGGAAGAGCUAAAAGGCAGACAGGAGAAGCUGGACCAUGGGAUGGAUGCCCUCAACAUGCAGCUGCAGGAGUGGGUCCAAGCAGUUAAUUUUCAGCUGGAUGAAGCAACAGCUCAGUUUGCUCUGGUACAGAAGGAGAUAACAGCUCAGGCUGAGCUUUCACUGGUUUCAUCAUCCUCACCCCAUGAUGAAUCACAGCAAGGGUUAAACAGGGAGCAGUCUGUGCUGGUGCUUGAGGAUAAACAUGCAGGACCAAAAGAUACAGACUGUUAGCUAUAUAAAAAAACAAAAACAAA